AUGCCGUCGGGUCCGCCUGCAGGGGAGGGCUGCGGGGCCAGUGGAGCCAAGAAGCCAAGCGCUGAACGCCGCAGGCAGGCGCAGAGAGGAUCGGGACACAGCAGCACGGAGCGGGGCGCAGGCAAGGCUGUGUCCAGGGUCCUCUCCUGCCUGGCAAUGGCAGCAUUGGUGGCGCUGGUGUCCCUGGUGGUCCUGAUGAUACUAGAGGCGCAUUGCGCAGCCGGUGCGGGCAUGGGCUCUUGCUACGACGGCGCGGGUCGCGCACAGCGCUGUCUGCCUGAGUUCGAGAACGAGGCGUUCGGCCGACGCGCCGAGGCCUCGCACACAUGUGGACGGCCCCCAGAGGACUUCUGCCCGCACGUUGGGGCUCCAGGCGCCGGGCCACAGUGCCAGCGCUGCGACGAUGCAGACCCCCAGCUCCGCCACGACGCCUCCUACCUCACAGACUUCCACAACCCCGAAGACAGCACUUGGUGGCAGAGCCCGUCCAUGGCCUUCGGGGUGCAGUACCCCACCUCAGUUAACCUUACCCUGCGCCUAGCCUGCAACUGUAGCGGGCACUCCGAGGAGUGCACAUUCGACCGGGAGCUCUUCCGGAGCACGGGCCACGGCGGGCACUGUCAUCACUGCCGUGACCACACAGCCGGGCCACACUGUGAGCGCUGUGAGAGGAACUAUUACAGAUGGGCCUCCAUGACACCAUGCCAGCCCUGUGACUGCCACCCAGCAGGCUCCCUGAGCCUCCAGUGCGACCACUCAGGCGCCUGCACCUGCAAGCCCUCAGUGACGGGUUGGAAGUGUGACCACUGCAGGCCUGGGUUCCACUCCCUCGGUGAGGGCGGCUGCAGGCUGGACAGAUGCACUCCCUUAGUGCUGCCUCGCACUGUCCGCCUCCUCCACAACCGAAGGGCAGGGGCCACUGUACGUCUGCUCUCACUGGAUCCCGAGGUCCAUGAGAACAGGAACCAUGUCUCAGCAGAGAAGUUCCUGGGCGAUCAGAGACUCAGCUACGGACAGCCAGUCAUGCUGACCCUCCAGGUGCCGCCUGGGGGCUCCCCACCUCCUCUGUACCUGAGGCUGGAGGGGGCAGGCUUGGCUCUGUCCCUAAGGCCCUCCAGUCCUCCCAGUCCUCAGGAUACCAAGCAGCCAGGACAGGUUCAGCUCUGGUUCCUCCUACAGGAGACCUCUGAGGAGGCAGAUGCCCCACUGCCUGCCUUCCACUUCCAGCGGCUGCUUGCCAACCUGACUGCCCUGGGCAUCUGGACCAGGGGCCUUGGCCCGGACCACUCUGGCCAAGUGUUCCUGUGUGAAGUCCGGCUUACAUCAGCCCAGCCCCAGAGAGGGCUCGCCCCGCCAGCCUCUUGGGUAGAGAGCUGCUUGUGUCCCCUGGGACACACAGGCCAGUUCUGUGAAUUCUGUGCUCUGGGAUACAAAAGAGAGGUACCGCGUGGGGGUCCCUUCACCAACUGCAUCCCCUGCACCUGUAACCACCAUGGCACCUGUGAUCCCAACACAGGAGUCUGCCUGUGUGGCCACCACACCGAGGGGCCAUCCUGUGAACGCUGCAUGCCAGGUUUCUACGGCAAUGCCUUCUCAGGCCAAGCCGAUGACUGCCAGCCCUGUCCAUGCCCUGGCCAAUCAGCCUGUACAGCCAUCCCAGAGACUGGAGAGGUGGUGUGCACACACUGCCCCCCUGGUCAGAGAGGUGAGUGGCCUGUGCUCUAUCCCCCAGGAGGACCAGCCCUGAUGCCCCGUCCUGCCCUGACUCUAGUGGGUUUGCGUGUGACGGGCAGGAAAGAGCCUGGCCCUAGAUGUAGCAAGCAUGGCUUCUGGGGACAAAGUCUCCUUGUCCAGGGGCCCUGGCACUGUACGCUGUUCCCUGCCGCCAUGCCCCCCGGGGUGGCCUCAUCAACCCUCCUACUUUCUUCUUGCUGCAGCUGUAAAUGCCACCCACUCGGCUCUUUGGAGAACAAGUGUCAUCCCAAGACUGGCCAGUGCCCCUGCCGGCCCGGCGUCACAGGCCGAUCCUGUGAUAGAUGCCAGCUGGGUUUCUUCGGCUUCUCCGUCAAGGGCUGCCGAGACUGUAGGUGCUCUCCACUGGGAGCUGUCUCAUCUCAGUGCCGUGAGAACAGCACAUGUGUGUGCCGGCCCGGCUUCACGGGUUACAAGUGUGACCACUGCCAGGACAACUUCUUCCUCGCGGAAGGCGAUACAGGGUGCCGGGAGUGUCCCGCCUGCUAUGCUCUGGUGAAGGAGGGGGCCACCAAGCUGAAGGCCAGGCUGACGCUGAUGGAAGGGUGGUUGCAGGGGUCCGGAUGUGGCAGCCCCUGGAGACCACUAGACCUUCUGCAGGGAGAAGCCCCGGGGGAUGUCUACCAAGGUCACCACCUACUUCAAGAGACCCGGGAAGCCUUCCUGGAGCAGCUGGUGGGCCUGGAAGGUUCCAUGAAGGCCACGUGGGAGCAGCUGCAGGUGCUGAGAGGGAGUGCCCGCUGUGCCCAGGCUGGGGCUCAGAAGACCUGUGUCCAGCUCACGGAGCUGGGGGAGACACUGCAGUCCUCAGAGGAGGAGGUCCUGCGAGCAGCCUCAGCUCUUUCAUUUCUGGUGAGACUUCCGGAAGGAUCCAGCCCACCCACCAAUUGGAGCCAUCUGGCAUCAGAGGCCCAUGUCCUUGCCAGGAGCCACAGGGACACAGCCACCAAGAUCGAAGCCGCAGCACGAAGGGCUCUGCUUGCCUCCAACACCAGCCACGAGCGCCUGUGGGAUCUGCUGAGAGGGAGGGAGGCCCUGGCGGCCCAGCAGGAACUGGAGGACAGGUACCAGGAGGUGCAGGCAGCGCAGACUACCCUGGGCACAGCUGUGGCAGAGGUGCUGCCCAAAGCUGAGAGGGCGCUGACCACUGUAAAGCAAGUCAUUGGUGAUGCUGCCCCACGUCUGUUGUCGCUGGGCACCCCUGGAGCAAUGCCUCAGAACUCCCAAGCCAGAAAUCUGGACAGGAAAGUGAAGGCCCUGGAGCAGAGGCUGGCUCGGAAGGAGCGCCAGGCAGUCCAGGCUGUAGGAGCCCUGCAGGUGGAGGCUGGGGCAGCCCUGAAGAAGAUGGAGCCCUUCACGCAGCUACGCAACAAGACCGAAGCUUCCCUGACACAAGCUUUGUCAGCUGUCCAAGCUGCCACGCUGACCGUCGUAGGAGCCAAGACUCUGCUCGCUGACCUCGAGGGAAUGAAGCAGAGGUUUCCCCUGCCCAAGGAGCAGGCAGUGCUGAGAAGGAGAACAGGCAGCAUCAGGGCCAGGUUCCUGGAGGACUCGAAGAGGAAGACCAGGCAGGCAGAGAGGAUGCUGGGAAAUGCUGCAGCUCUCUCCUCCAGCGCCAAGAAGAAAAGCAAAGAAGCAGAACUGAUGUCCAAGGACAACGUCAAGUUGGCCAGAGCUUUGCUGAGGGAGGGGAAGCAGAGCCACCGUCGUGCCAGGGGACUCGCCAGCCAGACCCAGGCCACACUCCGCCAGGUUUCUCGGCUACUAUUAACCUCAGAAGCUCGCAAACAGGACCUGGAGGAGGCUAAGCAGGUGGCCUCUGGGCUGAGCAUGAUGGAGCGCCAGAUUCAAGACUCUCGAGGGUCUUUGGUGAAGGACAUCAAGGUCCUGUCAGAGCUGCUCACCAAGCUGGGGUCCCUGGAUACCCACCAGGCUCCUUCUCAGAUCCUGAACGAGACCCAAAGGGCACUAGAAAGCCUGAGGCUGCAACUGGGUUCACAUGGAACCCUGCAUCGCAAGCUGAGGCAGUUGGAGCAAGAGUCUGCACGGCAGGAGCUGCAGAUCCAGAGCUUUGAGAACGACCUUGCUGAGAUCCGCGCUGACAAGCACAACUUGGAGACCAUUCUGAGCAGCCUGCCAGAGCAGUGUGCCAGCUAGCCCCUGGCAUGCCCUCCCCACCUUGCUGUCUCCUGCCCGCUCCCCAUAGGUGUCCCAGGUCUGCCUGCUGUGAGUUCAUGUGAACGGCCACACUCGCUAACUGGUGUGUCCAGACCCUCUUCCGUGUGAGCAGCAGGAGUGAAUCCGUGUUCAUAACUCCACAGGUGGCACUGUGUGCAGACCUACGUGUGUGCUCCCUGGAUAUGCAUCAGCACAUGCGUCCCCAGUGUCAGUAAGAUGCUGCAUUCAUUCGUGUGUGUGUGUGUGUGUGUGUGUGUGUGUUGCACUUGUGUGUGCAGAACCAUCUGUGCAUGCAUACAUAUGACAGUACAGAGCUGUCAAGAGGCAGCCAUGAGCUUGCAUCCUGCAUGAAUCCCAUUAUGGGAAAUUCCCUGACAUAUCUACAACCCUCCCUUCAGAGAGCAGAGCUCAAACAGGGGUGGCACCUCCAAAGCUGAGAGGUUAUCCACAGAGAUCUUGAGAAGGCAAAUCCCAUGCCCGUGGUCACGGCGCUGGCCAUGGGUCUACUAUGCCCCCACAUCACCCACUGGUCACCCAGCAGCUCUAAGAACUAAGGUGCCAGGCAGAUCAAGAAAUGCCAAGACUAACAGGAUUCUCAGAAGUGACAUCCAGGGCCAUCGUGUGGCCUGAAAGGCCCACAGGGCAAGACACAGAUGUCAUGGUCUUUUGUGGACUCUUCUUCCCAUGGGUCUGGAUCUGCAGCCUACUCACUGAAGGAAGUCUCUACCCAGACCCAUGCCCCUCCAUCUCCUGAUCUACCUGAAGAACCAGGCUCUUCAGGGUCUGGGUCAUGAGUCCUCAAGUAGUCACUAGGAACAGCCCUUUGUGCUCUGCUGACCUGGUUAGCCUUUGAUUGGCACUUCUCAAACCGGUGCUGUGGCUCCACCUGCCAUGAAGGAUGCCACAGGGGUGUGGAAGCCUGGCUGUCAUUCUAGGCCUGCUGCCCAUGGCUGCCUCUGCCCAGGAAUCCAUGGCAUUUCUUCCUGAUGUCCCCCCUCUUUUUCUGGGCCUUCUUGUAGAACACAACAGGGUCUAAGCUCUAGGGUAACAGCCGCCUUUACAAGCCCUGUCCCUUCCCCAGGUCCCAGAGGAACUGAUGGUGAUGUGGACUGAUUCUGAUUAUGAGGAAAUAAAGGACCCUUUUCUGA